GCCUCCAACGCCAGACUUCCCUCUUCAUUGUUUCAUCUCUCUCUCACCUAAAAAAAUGGAGAAAAGAAUCUCAUCACUGCUUAGUCUCUCCUUGUUUCUUCUUCUUCUUAUCUCAGCAUUGACUUAUUGUUCUGCAAAAUCAGUUUCUGAUAUUCUAGGGUUACAAUCAAUUGAAAGAACAACAUCACAAGCAGAAAGACUAAUCCGUCAACUUAAUCUUAUACCUAAAGAUGCUGAACCUGUUGACGAACAAUCUCUAACUGCUGAUGUUCCUAAGAUUGUUGAGAAACGUUUUACUUUUCCAAAUUUGAUUGAUACUAAUGGUGUUUCUGUUGAAGAUCUUGGUCAUCAUGCUGGUUACUAUAAACUUGAACAUUCUCAUGCUGCAAGGAUGUUCUACUUUUUCUUUGAAUCUCGGGGUAACAAGUCGGAUGAUCCUGUUGUGAUAUGGUUGACUGGAGGACCAGGCUGUAGUAGUGAAUUGGCUCUAUUUUAUGAAAAUGGACCCUUUAAGAUUGCAGAUAACAUGUCCCUUGUGCUGAAUGAAUAUGGUUGGGACAAGGCAUCAAAUCUUAUUUAUGUCGAUCAACCCACCGGGACUGGUUUUAGCUAUACUUCUGAUAAGCGUGAUCUUCGUCACGAUGAAACGGGUGUUAGUGACGAUCUCUAUGACUUCUUGCAGGCUUUUUUCCAGAAGCACCCGCAGUUCGUAAACAAUGAUUUUUUCAUCACUGGAGAAUCAUAUGCUGGGCAUUACAUACCUGCUUUUGCUGCUCGAGUCCACCAAGGUAACAAGGCUAAAGAAGGGAUCCAUAUAAACUUAAAGGGAUUUGCUAUUGGUAAUGGACUUACUGAUCCUGCCAUCCAAUACAAGGCAUAUACAGAUUAUGCAUUAGAUAUGGGACUAAUUAACGAAUCUCAGCAGAAGAGCAUUAACAAGAUCCUUCCAACAUGUGAAUUGGCAAUCAAGCUUUGUGGUACUGAUGGUACCCUCGCUUGCCUGGCCUCAUAUCUUGUUUGCAAUACUAUAUUUAGUAGAAUCAAAUUGAUUGCUGGGAAUAUAAAUCAUUAUGAUAUCAGAAUUCAGUGCAAAGGGCAGUUGUGCUAUGACUUCUCAAAUAUGGAUAAGUUUCUAAACCAGAGAAAGGUCAGGGAUGCUCUUGGGGUUGGGGACAUUGAAUUUGUUUCAUGCAGCCCUACUGUGUACCAGGGCAUGCUGAUGGACUGGAUGAGGAAUCUGGAGGUUGGCAUCCCUACUCUACUUGAAGAUGGAAUCCAACUCCUUGUUUAUGCUGGAGAGUACGAUCUCAUAUGCAAUUGGCUAGGGAAUUCAAGGUGGGUUGAAGCCAUGGAGUGGUCUGGCCAUCAAGAGUAUGUGGCAUCCCCAAAAGUUCCAUUUGUAGUAGAUGGAGCGGAAGCAGGAGUCUUGAAAAGCUAUGGUCCUCUCAGUUUCCUCAAGGUCCAUAAUGCUGGCCACAUGGUUCCAAUGGAUCAACCUAAGGCUGCCUUAGAGAUGCUAAAGAGAUGGACCGGAGGCAAACUUGCUGAAGCAGAAGGCAGGGCUGAAAUCAUGUAAUGGGCUCUUUUUUCCGUCAUUCGUGCUUGGUUUUCUCUGUUAUGUUUUCUGUCUGUUGUCAAUGGUAUAGACUGGAUACAUGGUUUAAAGGUAGUUAGAAACAGACUGUAGAUAUUCGGUUUCAGACCUGCGUUAUUUGUGUAAAAACUUGGGGUUGAUUAUAAUAUUCAAAGCAGGUCCUGAUUUACACACGUCGCCUUUUCGAGCCCAAUUCUUAUACAGUAGACUGGUUUCUUGUUUAUAAUAUUUGUGCACAUCGAACUGUAAAGGCUUGUAGUUUUACUAUCGUUGCACAGUUGCACUUGGUAGUGACUGAAACAAGCUGAUGUUUGUGGUCAGUUCUUGGUUGGAAUGUAUUUGGCUGUAUAUAAAUUUUUAAAAGAUUUCAGGCUGUAUAUUUA